UAAGAGCACUGGAUAUUAUUUGAAAGCUGACUUUUCAUACCAGCCUACUAUACUAUGCAUGAUACAUUGCGUUUAUCUACAGUAUUAGGUGUUGGUGAAAUCACUGAACACAUGCACACCACGGUGACUUAUGAUGAGAGGACAUUUCAAAAAUUUAUUGCAUUCUUUACACUUGGCAUCAACGUUCGCCACAACUACAUCAAUUAAGAUCGGCAUUAUCGUGAUAUGAAAUAUUGGGAACCACCGUUCACUUCAUACAGCGGCGCUUUAUUCAGUCACACGCACGGUUCCUAGGCCUGUCACCUCCAUUCACUUUGUACACAAGUGCGCAUAUACAAAUCGACGAGUGGUUCCCAAAACCACGAUUUGGCCUUAAGAUCUUAUGUACCGACGGCUAAUUUCAGCUAUGUCAGAUAACAGACCAUGGAUCCUUGCUACCAUGCCACCAUUCUUACAUGAGGCACGGACUAUGGUGGAUAAAGUAUUUAGGCUUGUUAUCUGGAACGAUUUCCUCCAAAAUCCGGACGGGUAUCGACAUAAGAUACAAGGAAUUCUGUAUAUACCAAAUAAGAAACCACCAAUGCCGGAAGAGCUGCUCAGAAGUAUACCAAAUUUAAAGGUGUUAGCUACCCAUAGUACUGGUACAAACCAUCUUGAUCUACCGCUGCUAUGGAAACUCGGUAUAAAAGUUGGUCAUGCUCGAGACAUUCUGGAUGACACAUGUGCUGAUUUCAUCUUUGGAUUACUCAUUGCUGCAGCUCGAAGACUACCAGAGUGUAUUGCCGAAGCACAGGGACAUGAAGGAACUGAACUUGGGUGGAAUCGGUCCCAUGUUCCUUUUGGAGUCAAAAUAUCUGGUGCAACAAUCGGUAUUCUUGGAAUGGGGUGUAUUGGUUAUGAAGUCGCAAGGAGAGCAUCAGGUUUCAAAAUGAAAGUCCUCUACCAUAAUCGUACACAAAGAAGCGAAGCUGAGGAGACAGAAGUGAAGGCUACCUAUUGUCAGCGGUUGGAAGAAAUGCUUCCUAAGCUGGAUUAUCUCGUAAUAACUUGUAGUCUGAAUAAGGAUUCUAAGAGCUUGAUUGGAAAGAAACAACUCGACUUGAUGAAACCUACAGCCAUCAUCGUGAAUGGGGCAAGAGGAUUGGUUAUAGAUCAGGAUGCCUUGGUAGACGCAUUACGUCAUAAUAGACUCCGUGGAGCAGCUUUAGAUGCCACUCAUCCUGAGCCUUUAGCGAAAGAUCACCCUCUUCUUCAUCUGCCUAAUGCCAUAGUUACACCUCAUAUCGCGUCACACGUUGGGGAAACCCUGGAAAAUGUUAUGCAGAACUGUAUUGAUAAUAUCAUUGCUGGUAUAGACGGUCGCCCAUUGCCCACCGAGGUUAAACCUCGUCCUUGAACAUUCACUUCUAGACAGGCUCCCGGAAUUGGGAAUUUUUCUUCCCUCAAGAAAUAAUCAUGUGGAUAGAAUCCAUUUCCUUGAUUCAGAUUGAAAUUGUUAGAAAGUUCUCUUUCCAAAAAAAGAUGAUGCCUAAAAGUACAUAUAACAAUCAACGCCGUACGAUGAAGAAUCUUGCCAAUAACUGCCGUCGUUUUGUUACUCAGAUUCGGCAUGCAUUAUUUCUUCAAAGACGGAUAUUUCAAUUCCUGAUCCCAUUAUUCCAACAAAUCGUCAAUCGACAAUCAUUACAACAUUUCAUUUUCCCUACAAUCUAAGACUUUGUCAUCCUAUUGGUUUGAAAUAAAUCGCGCAUAUAAAUCAAUUAUAUUGCGACUGGACCUAAUGAUCAAAGAUAAAGAAUACUUUCAUUGAUUUAUAUAUUAAAAAAGGACAAUCAGUUGCCGAACUCUUUUGUAAACUUUAAAACAAGAUAAGUUCACUUUUGAUUAUUUCUCAUUCUUAUAUAACCCUCGGGAUUAUUGUUAUUCUUAGAGAGAAGUUAGUCAAGAAAAUAGUGUAAAGGAAUAAAGUAACUUUUCUCAAUAGUUGAUUCAAAACAGCAGUGUCGUCAUGGACUCUGGACAAACGACAUAUUUACAAUAUUUACAAGUUUUAAGAAGAUGUGCUGUCCCGGUCCACCAACUUUCGACAAUGAUGUAAAUCAUGUAACAUCUGAAGCUUCCCAUGGCGAAGGAGAAUAGUGUAGUAGUUUACACAAUUCAUCUUUCUUGAGCAAAUGUUGGUCCUGUAAUACUAGGACUACUCGAACUCGACCUUUCGACAAGUAUGUUCCUGUCGUCUUCAGGAGAAAAUGACAGACAAUGAUCUCUAAUCUGUCCAUUGUGAUUUAACGGGCAUUUCCAAUAGAUUUUCAACGCUUGAUGAAUAAUGACAUAAAGGAAAGGAGCAAACCCGGGAUUAAAAUGUAAUCAGCAGCCGGACUUGAUCACUUCUAAUUAAAUUUUAGUUGAAAUUCACAAUUAAAAUUCUUACUUAUUUUUCAACAGAAAAAUACAAUGCAAUUAAUCAUUAUUUGCAUGCCUUUGUUAUGAUAUUGGAAUUGUGUCAAUAUAGGAUUUUAAUGAUCAUUUAAGCUUCGUAGAGAUGUAUGCAUAUCUGCAGGGCGAUUUCGUCAUUUUUUUAUUGGUCCGGGGGGGGGAGGACCAAGACGUACCCUUCCCAUAUGUUGCUGUACGGAAAUCCGAAGUUCGAAGGGGGCACCGCCCCCUCCCUCGCCGCCUAUUGAAUACAAGCAGAUUUUUCAUGCAUGUUUCUUCCGUUGAACAUACUCGGAUCAAUGUUUAUGUUGGGGGGGGGGAAGGAAGAGGUUGAGCAUGGGAGCGACUACGUGUGUGAUUGUGUGUCAGUUUGUCAUGACCCCCUCGGGACAUCUUACAGGUUACCGAUUAACCAAGGAAGUCCAACGACUGGGGACGUCCCGGUUUAGGAAACCAUGCCCAUCAAUUCCCCAACUCACUUCUAUCCUUUUCAUAUCAUAAAAGCAAGAGUUGUAAAACGAGAUCUGUGUGGCCACUGUGUGGCCAAUGGGGGGGGGUGUCUCCGAUCGAAGCGUCCUUGGUUAGCGCACUACAUAUAUGCUCACAUUAUUAACCUAGUUAGUGUAUAAAAUUAAAGUUUUUGAGUAUAUGAGUAGCAAACACACGUCCCCACUUUUGCAAUGAAAUUCAAAUGAGCACCCGAUUUCCACGGCCCUGUGGGAACGAUUUUCAAAAGGGGGUGCUGGAUUGAAAAAAAAACGAGAACCAAAAGACCCCCCCCCCUCAAAAAAGGAAAGGUUUUUCACUCCAAAACAAGGGUGCUUUGGGUCGGGAAAAAAAUGACAAGCAAGAAAAGUUUUCACUAUACAAAAUGAAAGGGAUUUUGGUUAAAUUUCUAACAUUCAUCAUACCUACCUGAUUUCCAGGGGUGCUGCCUAUGGAGUAUAACACAGCAUCCAAAGGCAAAUCUUGGGGGUGCUCCAAGCACACCCAGCACGGUACCUCUGCUUCCCAGGGUCAUACCCGAUUUCCAAAUAACAAGAGUUUGGUGUAAUUUCCAAUCUUAGAAAAAAAAAUGUUUCUUUUAAUAAUUUGUUGGUUGUGGGAGUUUCAUGGUCUUAUUUGACUAUUCUAUAAAAGGAAAGAUUUCCUUAUCCGAUGAGUGUUAAUACAAGCAAAUUAAAUGAAUGGAGAUGAUAAAUAUGAACAGUGAACAAUUGUCACUUGCAAGCCUCUCCUUGCAUCCUUUGUAAUAUAAAUUACACAAACGGCUAUAUUUAACGAAAGUAAAGAUUUAACACUUAUUGUUACUUUUUUAUGUUUUUCAAACACUUGUAAUCAAAAUAUGGGUCAUUAUUAUUUAGUAUUAGUAUUAUUAUUUAUUCGGCAAUUAAAAACAUGCAAAAAUUUUACAAUGCAAUUACAAAAAUACAAUCUGAAAUUGGAUAAAUGAAUAUGGGUAAAGAGAAAUGAAAGAAAAUAAGAAAAGAAUAAGAUAACGUUUUUUCCAUGGGCCAGGGCUCGCAAAAGUAAAAUUCAGUACUAUUGCCCAGAGGCAUGCGA